UGGAAUUUGUUUCUUAACUGAUCACUAAGUUUCAGCUAUGAUCGGACCACGUUUUCCAAACUAUGGGUCACUUUUUGCCCUCUGGAGUGUUGUCUGGAGUGUUAGUGCUCUGGACACGUUCAUUGCUGCAGUGUAUGAGCAUGCCGUUAUCUUGCCAAACAGAACAGAAACACCGGUAUCGAAAGAAGAUGCUUUGCUCCUAAUGAACAAGAACAUAGAUGUCUUGGAGAAUGCAGUACAGCUGGCAGCUAAGCAGGGCGCACAUAUUAUUGUGACCCCAGAGGAUGGCAUUUAUGGCUGGGUUUUCACCAGGGAGACCAUUUACCCCUACCUGGAGGAUAUACCAGACCCGGAAGUGAACUGGAUCCCCUGCAGAGACCCCCAAAGGUUUGGUCACACCCCAGUGCAAGAAAGGCUCAGCUGUCUAGCCAAGGACAACUCCAUCUACAUUGUGGCAAACAUUGGGGACAAGAAGCCAUGCAAUGCCCAUGACCCUCAGUGCCCUGCUGAUGGCCAUUACCAGCACAACACGAAUGUGGUGUUUGAUUCUGAGGGUAAACUGGUGGCGCGCUACCACAAGUACAACCUUUUUGCACCUGAAAUUCAGUUUGAUUUCCCUAAGGAUUCCGAAUUGGUGGCCUUUGAGACUCCCUUUGGGAAGUUUGGUCUUUUCACUUGCUUUGAUAUUUUUUCUCAUGAUCCGGCUGUGGUUGUGGUGGAUGACCUUGGAGUGGACAGCGUCCUCUACCCUGCGGCCUGGUACAACACUCUGCCCCUCCUCUCAGCAGUUCCUUUCCACUCGGCCUGGGCCAGAGCCAUGAGAGUCAACCUCCUGGCUGCAAACACCCAUAACACCAGCAUGCACAUGACAGGGAGUGGAAUCUAUGCACCGGAAGCAGUCAGGGUGUUCCACUACGACAUGGAAACGGAGAGUGGGCAGCUGCUGCUCGCCGAACUGCGUGCCCGGCCUCGCCUUGAACCCACCUUCCCUGCCUCUGUUGACUGGAGUGCUUAUGCCCAAAGUGUCAAGCUGUCCUCUUGUGAACAGUCAAAUUUUCCUGGAAUGAUUUAUUUUGACAAGUUCACGUUCACGGAGCUUAAGAAAGACACAGGAAAUUACACCGUCUGCCAGAAAGACCUGUGCUGCCACUUAACCUACAGGAUGUCUGAGAAGCGAAUGGACGAAGCAUAUGCACUUGGCGUUUUUGAUGGACUGCACACAGUAGAAGGCCAAUAUUACUUACAGAUAUGCACAUUACUGAAGUGCCAGACCACUGAUCUCAAAACUUGUGGGGAGCCAGUGGGGUCCGCCUUUACCAAGUUUGAAGAAUUCUCCCUCAGCGGCACCUUUGGAACGAGCUAUGUUUUCCCCCAGAUGGCUCUAAGUGGGAGCCAACUGGCCUCUGAGCGACAUUAUGAGGUUUCAAGAGAUGGCCGUCUGAGGAGCCGAAGCGGAGCCUCUUUGCCUGUUCUUGUUUCGGCUCUGUAUGGAAGAGUGUUUGAGAAAGACCCUCCCCGCUUAGGACAAGGGCCUGGGAAGUUACAAUGAUCUCCUUUACCUUUUCAGAAUUAACCUGGCACAGACUGGGAGAAAUAAAAGAGAGCCCUUAACAGAACGGAUUAUUCAGAUCAGACGUCAGAGAUUUAUUA